UUUCAACGAGAAAUUCAAAAUAUAAAUAUGUUGGAUUCUCUUAUAUGAACUUUUAAUAAUAGUGGUCGGGGACAUAAUGACAUCGGUUUCAGGUACCCAUGUCAGACGGUUGACACGAAGUCAAGCAGCUCUUCUCAAGAAGCAAGAUUACAAUUAUGAAAUAAGUACUGCUAGCGAUACCGACUCUGACUGCUCAGAUGGACCUCCUGAUGAGACCCCCCGACUGUGGUCUCAGUGGUAUGAUGUGAUAAAUGCUAAGCAUGAGGUCCCCCGUAAGUUGUUCCAUUCAGUUACGGGGGUUUUCUCGAUUUGGUUAUACGUUAAUGGGUACAACGCAGCUAUCUUCACCAAACCUUUCAUUAUGGUUGGAUCCUUCAUGCUCGUGGUGGAGCUUUUACGUUUCCGAUAUCAGAAGGUGAAUCUAAUGGUGUUUAAACUAUUCGGGUUCAUGAUGAGGGAAUCCGAACACCAAACCUAUAAUGGAACUUUAUAUUUCUUAUUUGGGCUUAUCUUAACCACCGCAUCCUUACCAAAGGACUUGUGUCUCAUGACAAACAUGCUUCUUAGCUGGGCUGAUACCUCGGCUUCGAUUGUGGGGAGAGAAUGGGGGAAGUAUACCGUUAGUCUCAAGAGAGGUAAGUCUUUGGCCGGUUCCAUUGCAAGCUUUGUGACGGGGGUAUUUGUUUGUUAUUUGCAGUACGCCUAUCUCAUUCCAAAAUACCACCACUUGGUAGAUUCCCCUGGUGAAGUUCUGUGGUCCCCUGAAUCAUCUAAGUUAAGUAUUCAUGUUUUCGCUGCUGCUACUGGCUUGAUCGCUAGCGUUUCCGAGUUUAUUGAUUUGUGGGGGCUCGAUGAUAACUUCACCAUUCCAACCUUGAGUGGCUUGUUUUUAUAUACUCUCUUGUAUUCAACAAGAUUAUAGUACAGUUCAUUAUACAGAUAUUCAAG